AUGUCAUCUGGAACGUCCAAUCAGCCGAGUAAUGCGACCCAGAAUUCACCAGGCACAUCGUCCGCACCCAGGAGGGGGCAAGUAAACGAUACGGCCAUCGUUGCACUCGAAUUUGUGGCAAAUAUAGCCGAGGCAUCCGAUAAACUCUCCGCUGUUAAAGCGAUCUGUCGAGCAACGAAAACGGUUCUCGAAGCCGUUCAAGCGGUAGACAAUAACGACCAAGAAUGGGUCGAUCUAAUGCAACGCUUGAAGGUUUAUGAAUCAGCAUUCAAGGAAAAAAGCGACGUAUUGCAGCAAUGUCCCUCAGACGUCGUAGACGAUGAGUUUCGGCGACUGCUCGACCACUAUGCCAAAGUCCUACAAAAGCUGCAUACAACAGUCAACAAUUUACGCGAGGAACGCAAGGGCAGACUCAAGUUCUGGAAAAGGAUAGCCCAAGUGAAAAAAGAUGCUGGGGAUAUCGGCAAACUCAAUCGAGAUAUUGAAGAUGGUCAUCGCCAGCUCAUGGAGGCGGUGAAUUUGUUCAUCGCACACCGUGUUCAAGCCAUCGAACAGAAGGUAAAAACUCUCCUGACAGACUCCGACGCCAAUGCUCUAUUCCAACUGCCAAUGGUAGCAUCCGUUGCUUCCUCGGUUCAUAGCACUUGCCUGGAGGGAACGCGUACGGCCGUUUUACAGAUGAUCCGUCGCUGGGCCGACGACAACACGUCAGGGAAGCCAAUAUUCUGGCUUUGUGAUAUUGCCGGCUCCGGAAAAUCCACAGUUGCAAUGUCUGCGGUUGAGUCCUGGCGGGAGAUGGGAGUGCUCGGGGGGCGCUUCUUCUUUUCCAUUGCAAGCAGCGAAGGAUCAACCAUUGACAAGUUCUGUUCCACUAUAGCGAGAGAGUUGGCUCAUAACAUGCCUGAACUUGCAUCACAUAUUGCUGCAGCCGUGAAACAAAACCCGGCUAUCAUGCGAAGUCCGUUCGAAGAACAAUUUCGGAGGCUUAUCCUCGGUCCUCUGAAUAAUCGACAGGAACGCGCGAUUCUUGUCGUGGACGCCAUCGAUGAAUGCAAGUCUCAAUCACAUCGAAGGGAGCUUCUCGACGCACUCGCUAUGGCUGCCAAUGAGAGCGCAAACCUGAAACUACUCAUCACAAGCAGACCGGAUUCUGUUGUCGAACACGUUUUGGGGUCACUCUCGAUCAAAGCAAAGUUAGAAGACCGGCUUCACAGCGUCAAUCAUCAAGAUAAUAUCGACGACAUUGCACGGUAUAUGCAUCAGUCACUAUCCAAAGUCCUACCAGAGUACAAAGUGCAACAGCUGGUCGAAAAGGCUAAUGGCUUGUUUAUCUGGGCAACCACCGUGUGUCGGUUGUUCGAUGCCAAAAGUAGAUUCAAGACUCCUGAAAGGAUCUAUGACCACCUUAUCUCGAUGCACCAAACUGGAAUGAUAGACGACCUAUAUAGCCUCGUCUUUGAACGUAUGGAGCCUCCAGCUCAUGAAAUUGUGUGCGAAAUGCUUGCUUUGUUGCUUGCAGCAUUCGAACCACUCACAGUCAAUGAUCUGGACGACCUCAUGAAGCAUUCCGGAGUAGAGGGAAGCGCUCUGGAUUUGGUAACGAAUUUGGGCAGUGUACUCACCCAAGACGCGAGUACCAAUCUUAUUCAGUUUCGCCAUCCUACCUUGGUCGAGUACCUCCAACGACGUUGUACCAUCAAUCUAACCAUCAAUGACCACGAUAAAAUCUAUAUAGACCUCAACAAGGCUCACAGUCGAUUGGCAUCAUGGUGUCUCCAAUGCCUCAAGAAAGGUCUCAGGUUCAAUAUAUGUCAACUUGAGUCUUCUUUCUAUCUGAAUCGGCAAGUCCCGGAUCUUGACGUAAAGAUAUCACAUUUCAUCCCGCAAAGUCUUCGAUAUGCCAGUGUUUACUGGACAUUUCAUGUCACGGGAACAGAUGAAAACUGUCGACGGACGCUCAAAGAUAGAGUUUGGUACAUUCUACAGACUCCAUAUGUUUUAUACUGGAUGGAGAUUUUGAGCUUCAUCAGGGGCGUGCCACGAGUGAUAGCUGGCUUUCGAGCACUUUCGCGCCACGUAGAGCUUGGGAGCAAGAUCAGAAGCAGCACAAUCGAAGUUCGACGGUUUAUGAUGACAUUUUCAGUGCCAAUUCAGGAGAGCGCUGCACACAUCUACAUUUCGGCGCUUCCAUUUACCCCCCGAGGAUCCAUGCUACAUUCUGAGGGCCUAAGAUGGUUCCCAAACGUCCUCAAAGUUUCACAGGGGCUUGAAGAUAUGUAUCCCAACCUGCCAAGAGCUAUUCGAGGUCAUAGUGGGGCCGUGAACGCCGUCGCGGUCUCACCAGAUGGCUCUAUAAUAGCAUCCUGCUCGUCUGACGCGACCAUUCGAUUGUGGGAUACAGACACCGGACAGCCGUUAGGGGUGCCACUCCGAGGUCACCAAGAAUGGGUCAAAUGCAUCGCGUUCUCUCCAGAUGGCUCUAUAAUAGCAUCUGGCUCGUCCGACAUGACCAUUAGGUUGUGGGAUGCAGACACUGGACAGCCAUUGGGGGUGCCACUCCAAGGCCAUAGAGGACGGGUUAAGACCGUAACAUUCUCGCCAGAGGGUUCACGAAUUGCCUCCGGCUCGUCUAACGGUACAAUCUUACUGUGGGAUGCGAACACUCGUCAGCCUAUAACAGCAGCAUUACGAGGUUCCAGUUCGUCGGUCAACACCAUUGCAUUCUCGCCAGAUGGCUCACGUAUCAUUUCUGGUUCAUCCGAUCGAUGUAUUCGCCAGUGGGACUCAUACAACGGUCAAUGUUUGGGAAAGCCGCUUCGGGGUCACAAUAAGGAAGUGAAGGCGGUCGCCUUCUCACCAGAUGGCUCACGAAUUGCCUCAGGCUCGUCGGAUCAUACGAUUCGAUUGUGGAAUGCAUACACAGGCGAAAAGCUAUGGGGUCGAUCCCUCGUCCAUGACUCCGUAGUCACUGCUGUGGGAUUCUCGCCAGACGGUUUGCGGGUCGUCUCUUGCUCACGAGAUAAGACAGUGCGUGUGUGGAAUGUGGAAGGUGAUCUCUUUGUGGAUGAGUCCCUUCGAGGUUGCAAGGAGGCCGCCAUCACUGACACUAUCUCGCCGAAUCGCUCACGGACCGCCUCUAGUUCGGAAGGUAGUAAGAAAGGUCAACUAGGCAACAUCAAAACUGGCCAUAAAUUUUCAAUGAAGCUCCGAGGUCACACGUCCCCAGUCAAUACCGUCGCUUUCAUCCAAGACGGCUCACGAAUAAUUUCCGGCUCCUCCGACAAGACCAUCCGGCAGUGGGAUCCACACACCGGUGAGCCGGUAGGACACCCAACGGAAGGUCACGAGGCACCCAUCAACGCAGUCGCAUUCUCGCCGGACGGUCAACGAAUUGCCUCUGGUUCGCGAGACUGGACGCUUCGUAUGUGGAAUGCAGACAAUGGUCGUCCUUUAGGAGGGCCACUUCGAGGUCACGAUGGGCAUGUAAAUGCUGUCGCAUUCUCUCCAGACGGCUUAAGAGUUAUUUCUUGCUCCUCUGACAAGAAGAUUCGUUGGUGGAACGCGGAGACUGGAGAAGCGUUAGGAGAGCCGCUUCGAGGCCACAAAGGCCCAAUAAACUCAAUAUCAUUAUCGCGAGAUGGCUUACGCAUUGUCUCUGGUUCAUCUGACAAAACAAUUCGAGUCUGGGAUGCGCACACUGGUCAGCAGGUGGGAGAGCCAUUCCAAGGUCACCAAAAGGAGGUCAUGGCCGUUGCUUUUUCCCCAGACGGAUCACGAAUUGUCUCUGGCUCGGCUGAUACGACGAUAAUACUCUGGGAUGCAAACACUGGUGUACGCAUUGGGGAGCCAAUCCGAGGUCACAGUGGAAGCGUGGUAGCCGUACUAUUCUCACCAGAUGGCUCUAGAAUUCUGUCUGGCUCACGAGACAAAACGAUGCGCCUGUGGCAUGCAGUUACAGGUCAGUCGCUGGGACACCCAUUUCGAGGACACCAAGAUUGGAUCAAAUCUAUCGCGUUUUCGCCGGACGGCUCUCGAAUCGUCUCCGGCUCGCGUGACUGGUCGAUUAUGCUGUGGGAUGCUGCAACAGUAUCAUUCUCACCAGAUGGCUCCCGCAUCGUGUCUGCCUCGUCCGACACCACAAUUAGAGUAUGGAAUGCAGAACCUGAUCAGCCAUUGGCUGAGCCACUCCAAGGUGACCAAUACCCCCGGCAGGCCGCAGUUGCCCUGCCUCUAGAUGGCUUUGAAGAACAAAAUUCGAAUUCAAACGGAG